AUGGCUUCCUCCGGUGUCUCGGUCUCCCCGGACUGCGUCAGCAUCUUCAACGACCUUAAGCUGGGCAAGGAGCUCAAGUGGAUCGUCUACCAGAUCGCCGACAACGGCAAGGAGAUUGUCGUCGAGCACUCCGAGAAGAAGACUGAGGAGAGCGAAGAGGAGCAGUGGAACAGGUUCCGCGAGUUCCUGCUCAACUCCAAGACCAAGAACAAGGCAGGCAAGGAGGGCAGGGGUGCACGGUACGCCGUCUACGAUGUCAUGUAUGACGCGGCUGCCGGCUCUUACGGCGAGGGUCUGAGGAACAAGAUCACCUUCCUCUCCUGGAUCCCCGAUGACCUUGCUCCCUGGCCCAAGAUGGUUUACUCUUCCUCCAAGGACGCCAUCAAGCGCGCCCUUACCGGCGUCGCUCUCGACAUCCAGGCCAACGACGAUGCUGACAUCGAGUUCGCGACCGUCAUUGAGAAGGUUUCCAAGGGCCGCUUCUAA